AGAUGGCUCGUUCACUGGUCUUUAUCGCAAUUGCCCUUAUCGCCGUUGUCAGUGCUGGUCCAGGAGACAAGGAUCAACCAAAACCAGAUCAUAAGAAGGGACCAGGAGGAUUCCAUCAUUUCUUCCCAAAAUUCUUUGGAAAUGUUUCCGAGGAGGGAAAGAAGGAAAUUGGAGCUCUUUUCAAAAAUCAGGAUUUGACGUUGGCCGAGGUGGACACCAAGAUUGCUGCUCUCGCUGAGAAAUAUGGAGUUGCUGCGGCCUACAAGGAGCACAAAGCAAAGGAAGCCACCAAUGAAGCUGAAGCCAAGAAGAAGACCGCUUCAGUGAUCAGCAAUCUGUCUGCAGUUUCAGCCAAGCUCACCGCAAUUCACGACAACAAAAGCCUCACCCGUAAGGCUCAACGUGAAGCUAUCGCUGCUCUUCGCAAGGAACAUGAAGCCGAGGUUGCCGCUCUUGAUUUCAUUGGAAAAAGAUCUCAUGGAUUCGGAAAACAUCACGGACGACAUGGAAAGGGAAAUGGUAAAUUCUUUGGAAAGAGAGGAGGAAAUAAGAUGGAGAGGAAGACUGCUGCUCAAUAAAUGGGAAUAUUUAGAUUUAAUACUUUGAAGUUUGUGUUUUUUUUUCUUAAUUAAUAAACGUUAAGCAUGGAAA